CGGCGGCCUGAAGAGCCCCGCGGGGAGAGCGGGCGGCGGCUGCCAGGCUUCUUGCGGGGGGUUGGUGUGUCGCAGGGCGGCCCGGAUCGCUCGCCACCAUGCCUGCCGUCUCGAAGGGCGAUGGGAUGCGAGGCCUGGCGGUCUUCAUCUCCGAUAUCCGGAACUGCAAAAGUAAAGAAGCAGAGAUCAAGAGGAUAAAUAAAGAACUAGCAAAUAUUCGGUCAAAAUUUAAAGGUGACAAGGCCCUGGAUGGUUACAGUAAGAAAAAAUAUGUCUGCAAGCUGCUUUUCAUCUUUCUCCUGGGGCAUGAUAUUGACUUUGGUCACAUGGAAGCUGUAAACCUGCUCAGUUCCAAUAGAUACACAGAAAAACAAAUUGGCUAUCUCUUCAUCUCCGUCCUGGUGAACUCUAACAGUGAGCUGAUUCGCUUGAUCAACAACGCCAUCAAGAAUGACCUGGCCAGCCGCAACCCCACCUUCAUGGGCCUGGCUCUGCACUGCAUCGCCAAUGUGGGCAGCCGGGAGAUGGCUGAGGCCUUUGCUGGAGAGAUCCCCAAAAUACUUGUGGCAGGAGAUACUAUGGAUAGUGUGAAGCAGAGUGCUGCCUUGUGCUUGCUGCGUUUGUAUAGAACUUCUCCUGACCUUGUUCCCAUGGGAGACUGGACAUCUAGAGUGGUGCAUCUCCUCAAUGACCAGCACUUGGGUGUGGUUACUGCAGCUACAAGUCUGAUUACCACUUUGGCACAGAAGAACCCAGAAGAGUUUAAAACUUCAGUCUCCUUGGCAGUGUCUAGAUUAAGCAGAAUUGUAACUUCUGCGUCAACAGAUCUCCAGGACUACACAUACUACUUUGUUCCUGCUCCUUGGUUAUCUGUGAAACUUCUGAGGCUGUUACAGUGCUACCCACCUCCAGAAGACCCUGCGGUACGUGGUCGCCUAACAGAAUGCCUGGAAACCAUCCUGAACAAAGCACAGGAGCCACCAAAGUCCAAGAAAGUGCAACACUCAAACGCGAAGAAUGCUGUGCUCUUUGAGGCCAUCAGCUUAAUUAUACACCAUGACAGUGAGCCAAACCUCCUAGUCCGUGCCUGUAACCAGCUAGGUCAGUUCUUGCAGCACCGAGAAACUAAUUUGCGUUACCUAGCACUGGAAAGCAUGUGCACGCUUGCCAGCUCUGAGUUCUCACACGAGGCUGUGAAAACACACAUAGAAACUGUUAUCAAUGCCCUGAAGACUGAAAGAGAUGUAAGUGUACGACAGAGAGCUGUAGAUCUCCUGUACGCCAUGUGUGACCGAAGCAAUGCCCAGCAGAUUGUGGCUGAAAUGCUGAAUUACUUGGAGACUGCUGAUUAUUCUAUCAGAGAGGAAAUUGUUCUGAAGGUUGCAAUCCUAGCUGAGAAGUAUGCUGUGGAUUACACCUGGUAUGUGGAUACAAUCCUGAAUCUGAUUCGCAUCGCUGGUGACUACGUCAGUGAGGAAGUGUGGUACAGAGUCAUUCAGAUUGUCAUCAACAGGGAUGAUGUGCAAGGCUAUGCAGCAAAGACUGUUUUUGAGGCCCUUCAGGCUCCAGCAUGCCAUGAGAAUCUUGUAAAAGUAGGUGGCUACAUCUUGGGAGAAUUUGGAAAUCUGAUAGCAGGUGAUCCAAGAUCAAGUCCCCUCAUCCAGUUCAACUUGCUGCAUUCCAAGUUCCAUCUGUGCAGUGUUCCUACCAGAGCUCUGCUUCUGUCCACCUACAUCAAGUUUGUGAACCUGUUCCCAGAAAUCAAAACUACAAUUCAAGAUGUGCUGCGCAGUGACAGUCAGCUAAAGAAUGCUGACGUUGAGCUGCAGCAGAGAGCUGUGGAGUACCUGAGGCUCAGUACUAUUGCCAGUACUGAUAUAUUGGCUACAGUGCUGGAAGAAAUGCCUCCCUUUCCAGAGAGGGAAUCUUCUAUUUUGGCUAAACUGAAGAAGAAGAAAGGCCCAGGCACGGUUACUGACCUGGAAGAGAUCAAAAAGGAGAGGAGCUCUGAUAUGAAUGGAAGUGCUGAACCUGCUGCUGUCAAUGCCACUGCUGUUUCUACUCCUUCUCCAUCUGCGGAUCUGCUGGGUCUGGGUGCUGCCCCUCUCACCGAUUCAGCUCCCCCACUGCCUGCUGGGGGUAGCCUCCUGGUGGAUGUAUUUUCAGAUUCCGCUUCUGCCGUCGCACCUCUUGCUCCCGGUUCAGAUGACAACUUUGCGAGCCCUGACCUGGCUUCAUCUGAGGUAGUUUCUGAGGAACCAGCUGAUACUGUGCAUGAUGCUGAUGAGCUUUUUCACAAGUUUGUGUGUAAAAACAACGGGGUCUUAUUUGAAAAUCAGUUGCUACAGAUUGGACUGAAAUCUGAAUUUCGACAGAACCUGGGGCGUAUGUUCAUAUUCUAUGGCAAUAAGACAUCAACACAGUUCUUGAAUUUUGCUCCAACAGUAAUCUGCUCAGAUGAGCUACAGUCAAGCCUCAAUCUUCAGACAAAGCCUGUCGACCCUACGGUGGAUGGAGGGGCACAGGUUCAGCAGGUGGUGAACAUCGAAUGUGUGUCAGACUUCAUGGAAGCUCCCAUCCUGAACAUUCAAUUCAGGUACGGUGGAACAUUUCAGAACCUCUCAGUAAAGUUACCCAUCACACUGAAUAAAUUUUUCCAGCCCACAGAGAUGUCUUCUCAAGACUUUUUUCAGCGUUGGAAGCAACUGAGCAAUCCAAAGCAAGAAGUACAGAAUAUCUUUAAAGCAAAACACCCAAUGGAUGCAGAAAUCACAAAAGCAAAGAUCAUUGGCUUUGGAUCAGCCCUGCUUGAGGAGGUAGAUCCCAAUCCUGCUAACUUUGUUGGUGCUGGUAUCAUCCAUACAAAAACUACUCAAAUCGGAUGCUUGCUGCGCCUUGAACCCAAUCUCCAGGCACAGAUGUAUAGGCUCACACUACGAACAAGUAAAGAAGCUGUAUCUCAGAGAUUAUGUGAAUUGCUGUCAGAGCAGUUUUAAUAUUAACCAUGUCAGUUUUGGUUUUUCCAUUUAUAUCCCUGUCAUCAUACUGCAAAUAAAUGUCUUGUACAUCACUGUCUGAGUACUGCAAUGUUAACCAGCUCCCUGCCUUAUUAGGACUUGACCCUUGUUUGAAAUUGAGACUAUAAAAUGUACAGUACAGGGAAGUGACUUUUUACAUUAAAAAAAGGCUUUUAAUGUGCUACACAAAGAGUGGGAGGGCUGUCUUGUGCUCCUUUUGUUUCUUUUGCAGAGGUCAGGCUUUUAAACUUGCUAAAGGGAAAUGGAUUUAGAUGUGGUGACAAGGACUUCAACUGGAAAUGACUAGUAACAUUCUGCCUUGCUGCCUUCAACAGGCGCUCCCUCUGCUCUGAGCUGAAAGAAACCAAUGUAAUGCUGCUCAGCAAGGUCAGUUCAGCUGUUCCUGUAGAGUCAGAACUGUGUCAAGUUGAAUGUUGCCACAAGUCUUGUUCUGGAUGGAAGGGAGAUUCCAAGGUGUGUUUGAGUCUGAUUCACGUGAACUUUUCUGAGUGUCACCAAUCUUUGUAUUUGAGAAAUGCCCCCAGGGCCAGUGUCUGAAAACAUCAAGUCUGUAAUCCUUUGCAUCUUAAUGAGUUUUGGGAAGUGGAUUGAGCACAAAAAAUUGUUCACAGUCCUUCUGCUUACCUCGGCUGAGCAGGUGAGCUGCUCUGGUAGGUGGUGAAUGAGUCUGUGCUUGGUCAUUGUUAGUCCAACCGAGAUUCCGUAUUUUGUUCUGUGUCCUUUGUUUCCCAUCAGACUUAGCAAGCACUAGUCCUCAUGAUGUGUUACAACUAACUGCAGAGUCUGGUGGUGUAUGAAAGGAGAAGUGGCAAGAAACGGGCCCUUGAAGGGCUGUAAGGCAUGCACUCUUUCAGAUGAAAAUGUCCUUUUGAACAGUGAUUAUGGUUUUUUUCCCUGGUGUACAGUAAUGGUAAAACUCAGGAGGUUGAGUAGCUGAUACCUGAACAGCUUCCUGCCUGUCAGUGGUGGUAGAAAUACCCAACGUGGUCUUAUGUUGAGACUGAGAGUGGAAGGCGCAUAAGUAAUGUUUGGCUUUUUGUAGUGGUUUUUACAACCAAAGCCUUUGUAACUUGCCCUGCUUCAGACUGUUUGCAGCAUCUCCGCAGAAGCGGACACAACUUUGGCUCAUGCUGCUCGAGCCUCGAGGUGCAGCAGAGGUUGCUAAAGCAAAGCAGUGAGGUAGUGCAGUUAGAAGCUGUGGGCAGUUGAAGUACUGCAGGCACAAUGAAGGAAGUCAACUGCUGCUGACGAGGGGAGAAGUGAGCCUCAAAGCAAGAUCUCCUCAAGGUCACUUAAAGGAAGCCUGCGACUGGUAUCUGCAGCACAUGACAGCCAAGUACCCUUUGCACAAAGGUUUUGAGUGAAGGGUGAAAUUGAAAAGCCAUGUAAAUGAGGCUCCUGUCAUGCUGCCCAGCACACAGCGGGGGACAGGGGUCUGCAGGACUGAGUAUGCCUUGCGGUUUGCUUCAGUGCUUUGAGUUGAACGACAGAACUGGGUGAUGAUUAUCAUUUGCUUUGGUUUAAGGUUGGUGAGGAACAGAGGAUUGACUGCGGUGUGUGGAUAUGGGGAGACACUUGGUUUGUUUUUCCAGCAAUGGCUGGUUGCUAUGGGUAUUACAGCUGAAAACUUGGCUAUGGACCUGGCCUUCCUGCAAAGGCUCUCUGGAACAAUUGGCCCUUUUAUGGCCUUUCAAGUAACUAAUCAAGACUCUUUGAUCACAAACAUUGUCUUGGAGAAUCAUGGUGAGCAGUUGCUACGGUGGGGUUGGGCAGCUGGCAGAAUGCUACUGGACUAGGUUUGUUUUGUCCUUUGGAUGCCAGGUGUCUCUUCACUCCUUCCGUUACCUUAACCCUGCUGUUGGCUGCUGUGCUAAAAUCUUUCAUGAACUAAAGAGAGCAAAGAGAAGAGAGGAGCUUCUGUUUCAUUUCCUCCACCCCCUGUUGUGUAUCUGUCCCGCUGAACGCGUUCUGUGCCCUCAUUAAAGGACACCUCGAGACACUGCACGACUUUAGGUCACUUAGCUUUUGGUUCAAGCUGUGCUGCAAUGUGCAUUCAAAACAUGGGCAGGAGGGUGGGGGGGGGGCGAGGGAAAAGUCUUCUCAGUGGUGACCGUGUUAAGCUUCUUAUUGUUCACACUCUGUAUUAAAUGUCAGCUCAAUCAAGCCAUGAGCAGAAAAAGUGAACAAAUUAAAGGCAAAUACUUGAUGAUUUAUUUUUUUCCUCUGUGUGUGUGUGUGUGAAUGAUGGUUAACUUACCAAAGUGAUGUAUCCUGUCGAGCAGACACAAGUGAUUUCUGCAGUAAACAGUGUUAUUGUUUUUAAGUACAGUAUUUUCAGGCAUUGACAUGUGGAAAAUAACUGAAUAGCAAAACAGGUAGCGUACCUUCAUUCUUGACCUACACUCCAGUAUGUAACAUUUAUGGUGAUUGUCUUAUUUGUAUAAAACAAAGUUCUGUCAAAUUAAGUGGAGAAUUUUCAUAUAGAAGACUAUAUAUUAGACUAUAUUCAUCAGAAGAACGUAUUAAGAUUAAAUAAAUGAUUAGAACAGUA